GCUGUAGUAUCAGCAUUAAAGGGAUUACAGGAAAAAAUUCGCAAACUUGAGUUGGAGAGAGCAGAUGCAGAAGAUAACUUGAAGAAAUUAGCAACAGAAUCCAGACAUUAUAAAGAUGCACUACAAAAAGAACUCCAUGUAAGAGAUUCAACGCAAGGAGUGAUUGCAAAACAAAACAAACGUAGGUGAUAAAGCCUACACUGUACUCAUUUUAUGUGAAAUACGACUGUACACUGUAGAUAAUCGAUAAACAUGCUUUAGUGCUAUUGUCCACUAUAGUAGUAAAAUGAACCUCCAUUUAGCUGGGUUUGCGGUAAUAGCAAGGGGCUGUUUAAUGUAGGUUGGCCAUUCAAUGGAGACUCGUUAGACAACUUUGCCACAAGAGACAGCUCUAAAUCAGUAAUGUCACCUUCUAUCUUGGACUAUAGUUUCCCUCAUCAUAUUGUAUCAAACGCUUGGUGGCUGUUUAAAAGAGGUGACAACAACAAUAGGAGUUCUUUUGUUAGGAUAGCCAGAAGGUGGCUGCGACCGCUUGAUAGAGGUUGUCACUUAGGGCGGUUCAUUACUGACCACUUAAUGGACGUUCAUCUGUAUAUUGGAAUUUAUUGGACACAAGAACAUAAAAUUGUACAUGUAGCUGCCGGUACAUGUUCCUUAAGCCUAGGCAUACCAAGAAAAUUUAAACAUUUAAAAGGUUAAUAAAAGCAAUUUUUCUGUUUAAAUAUCUUAGUUGCAUUGGAUCUCUAUACAAAAUAAGUGCAACAAAAACAUGAAAAAGUGUCACGACCAAUAUAGGACUUUCUAACUCAGUGUUCAGUUCCUUGCACUUACCGGUACUGCAUAUACACUCCCUGCAAUUUGAAAUCUUAAUGACAGCCCUUGUGUUGUUGAAAGAUCAUUUGCAACAGCAGUGUUUUUGUUACAAAUAGCUAUGGUGAGUCCUGGGACUCUUCUUGUGAAAAAUUGUGAGUACCAGUCCAGAACCAAUGAGUCCCAGUUAAAAAACAUGAGUCCCUGGGUCUUUAUGUAACCACACAGUUAAUCUAAAGACAGACUCCAAAACUCUAUAAAUACAGUUUAAUGAAAUAAAAAUAUACUCCUAUUGUCAAGCACAACUAAGACUAAAAUAAAUGCCACAAGAACAGCCACAGAAAUCACACAAACAGGAUAUACUACAAAAACAUCUUCAGAUCGAUCAAUCGAUCUUUGUGCCCUACAGGAUGCAUACCACAAAUUAUUUUGCGUUUUUGGGGAUUUUUAUGUGUCAGGGAUGCAGGAUGCAGAGGUAACAAAAUCACUAUAACAGACAUUGUUUAAUACAGAAUAAUUAUUUCUCUUUAGAAUUAGAGGAAGAUCUACAGGGUGCAGAGGCCCGAUGUAACUUGCUGGAGAAGCAGUUAGAUUACAUGCGUAAGAUGGUCCAGACUGCCGAGGCAGACAGAGACACUGCGAUACAACGAUCAGCAAUGGUUGCUAAACAAGCUGCACAGCAAACAUCGGAAGAUGUUAGAGGGCAGCUGGAAAAACUUUCAGGCCUUGAAAGAGAUCAUAUGAAAUUAACAGCACAGCAUUCAAUAGCUGAAGUGAGUUGCCAUAAAAUUUAUGCUCACAAUGGCAUUAGCUACUCUUUUAGUGUUCAAAGCUCCCAGGCUCUAAUGAGCAUCCCCCAACCAAUAAAAAAACAGUGCAUCUGCCCUCAGCCCUUNGUUCAAAGCUCCCAGGCUCUAAUGAGCAUCCCCCAACCAAUAAAAAAACAGUGCAUCUGCCCUCAGCCCUUCCAUCACUUCCCUUUAAUUUGUUAUUAGGAAAAGAAGUAGAAAGGAUUACCACAGCCAGUUAGCGUGCGACCUUCUGUGCUUCUUCUAGCAUUUGUGAUGAUUGUCAUCCAUAAUGAUUUGUCUUUUCAUGUACUUGUCUUUCAGAGUAAGAUCAGAGAACUGGAAGACAGGCUUAGAGAGGAAGCUCACCAGAGGAAGUUGGUUCAAAAUAAGACAGCCGAGGUUGUUAGUAAAUAUCAUUAGAGCAACUACAGUUAGAGUUAGGAUUUUCUGGAAAUAUCUUGCAAUGUACCUUUUUUGUCUUUUUCCUUUCUUUUCUUUCUGUCUUUCUUUUUUUUGUUUGCUGUUUGAAAUACAGUAAAACCUCUAAGACUAACGACUAAGAACCUGGAUUUUUCCAAGUAAGCCUCAACAGGUUCUUAAAUAAAAUUAUGGUAGUGACCAUGAAGCAUAAGUUUAGCCUAUUUAGUUUCUUACACUAUGAAUAGGUUCUUAUUUUCUAAUGAAAUAAAAUACAAUCUAACUAAGAGUAUUUAGUGGUUCAGCUUAUUCCUCAUAUAAGAUCUGCAUACUAUUACAUUGCAGUUGGAGUGAUAAGGCACCUAUGUCUCCAAAGAGGAUUCUGAAUGUUGACUUAUCUUAUUUGCCCAAGUGUACAGAAUUUGUCAUAGAUUUUAGAAAAUCAGAACGUUUUCAAAAAUUGAGGCUAAACAGGCUCUGACAUAGAGGAGGCUUAACUGGCAAAAUUUAGCCUAACAGGUUCUUUUAAUGCAGGGUCUUGGUCGCAGGGUUUUACUGCAAUCAAACCACUGGCUUUGAAUGGCUUGCGAGUGGUAUUUAAAAAUUUUCAAACAAUUAUUUAUUUGGAGUUUCAUGGCUACAACAGUAUGGUUUAACCCUUCCCCCCCCACCCCUCAAAAAAAAAAAAAAAUUUCUCCUCAGGGGUAUUACAGUCGUCCCAAGAGAAAUCAAAGACAACUGUUAUGCAAAAGGAAAAAUUUGGGGUAAAUAAGGUGCAUUAUGGUCUUGGUGAAAAUGGUGCAUGGCGUACAUUUUUGGCCAUUCCCUUGACCAUACUCUACAUGUAAUUUAAUGAGUUAUGCAAGAAGCAAAAAUUAACAUUACUGUUUUUACAAGUAUUUCCUUGUUUUGAACUAUUAGCCAUCUAUCCAAGGUAAACGGAAUAACUAUAAAAAAAAAUGUCAAGAUGUUGCCGUUAGUUUAGCACUUGUUUAGUUCAAACCUGAGCUAAACUGUAUGUGACCAAUUCCUACUGUACCCUUUUUUCACAGCUUAUAGUUAAAUUAAUUCAUAAUUGUUUUUCUAGCUGGAAUCAGUUGCAGAGACGAAUAGGAUCCUCAUGGACAUGACAUCUCCACCCAGGGUUAAGAAGAAAAAAAGGAAGGUGAUAACUUGUCUACACUGUACUAUAAACCUCGUUUAUUUUGCAUAGUAUUAUUCCAAAGCUAAACUAUGUUCUUUCUUUUCCUCUUUGCAGCCUCCAAAGCCCAAGCCCGCAAGAAGAACACCGCAACCCGCUAAACCUUCAGAUCAUUAUCGACUUAACUUAGGAAAUAUUCCUUUUGUCGUGGGCCAGGUGCGUGUCUCCGGAUUCAAAGCUAUCAUCAAAAGUUUUCUCUUUCCAACCUCUAUUCCAGGGGUCUGACUCCUACUCGUCCCGGGGCUAUGAGUAGGAGAGAAGUUUGGGAACGAGGAUGUUCUUUGCCCACAUGGAACAUUCUUCACGUUACGCCCUCCCCAAUGUUGAUUCACGUAUCAACCACCAUUCGCAAAUAUACGCGAAUCUCAACAUUGGGGAAGGAGAGAAGAAGUACACUCGCAGAAAAGUUCAAUAAAUUGGUCGAGAAGGCAUGACAUGAAAGUCUAAAUAGUGUUUCAACGAAAUUUGACGAGUGUUGCAGGUUGUUCUGUUUCCUGAAUUUUAACUUAGUCGACCUCAUUUUCCAGCUUUUUUCUUCUACAAAUUCCUUUCGGCACCGAAGAAUUAACGUACAUCAAGUCUAAUCGUUUUGGAUGGUGUAACUCUUUUCCCUGACCUGAGACACAACUUUCAACCUCGAACCGGGUUAAAUCAUUUACAUUGUUCAGGUUUAUGAUAUCAAUGCAAAAUUAUGGCUGGAAUACCUAUGAAAAGACCUGUAUGUCCUCAUAUGUAAGAUUUUUUUAAAUGUCCAUUUCCUUGUCACAUUCGUCUAAAAGUUGGCUAAAUUACCUGCAUAGCAACUAUCCCGCGAGCUUUGUCCUUUACAGCUACGCGAAGUAAGUAAAUGUAUACGUUUAUAAAAUCUUGAGUUUUUGUACGUCGCUUAACGAAACAACCCAAAGGACGAUUUUAAAGUCGUAACCUUUGCGUUUUUCCCUUUUUCCUUUCUUCUUCUUUAUGCCAUUACGGUCUAAAAAGUCGCCGUUUCAUUCCAUGUCUUAACAUUUUUACUAAAAUUUCCUACAUAACCUUGCGUUCGGUUAAAGGGAAGUUUUACUGGAGUAUAGAAAAUUAGGUCUAUAAGUUCAAUUUGAACUGUGUUACCAAAUGUCACUGAUCAUAAACUUUGCCUUAAUUUCAGUCAACUACGAAGUCACAUUCUCUUGGUGCUAAUUUACAAACUGUGCUGUCCUUAAUGAAGGCCCAUAACCCUGCGCUUUGUAACGCUGCUGCACGGCGGGCUCAAAAGAGGCACACGCAGAGUGCAGGAUCUACACCUCGCUCCAGUGACUCAGAGAGUGCUUUUGACGAGCUACUUCUGGGCCUUCAGGAUGAGUUUGGACAUAUUACUUUGUAAGUGUUGUAUUUUACGCUUUGAAUUCAAAAAGUAUUUUCAAGCCUUAAAAUGUGGGUCUUUUCGGUGACUGAACAGAAUUCAUUGGGGUCUAUAUCCCUUGAAUUCUCUCAAAAAAUUGUUAUAAGGAAAUGUAUCGGGAUCAGUGUGGAAAUUUUGUAUGUGGAUAUCGGAGCUCCAUUAGUCAGACUUCCUUUGAAUAACCGAUCCUGUAAUUUCAACCGUAAACCUCUUGCUAAACUGAAAACAGAGUUACCUUAGUAGAUGUAAGUAAAUUUAUAGCUCUAUGAAGUUGUCACUUUGGUAAAGCUGAAAACGAAAAUCCAAUAUUUCUCCCUGUUUAUCUACAGCGAACACCGCGAAGUCGCCCGCCAAAUACAAGAAUCAGAAGACCCAAGAAUACAAGAAGACCUCAGACGAGAACUGGAAAAUCUAGAAGCUCGCAUGGAGGCGAAAGGAGAACAAAUAGCCAUGGUUAGACGGCAACAACAGAAAGCUAAAAAGCGACAUAAACAGCAAAAGGCGAGAUCAGCGGCAAGACCCAAAAGCGCAAGCGCUGUUCUCCCGGCGAGCGGCGGUGAAGUGGAAGUGAUAACGACCGUUAAAACGAAAGCGGCAAAAAACGCUCCACAGGGAGGGGGAGCCAAAAAGACUCUUGCUGUUUAUAAAGGAAUGAAGACACUUAAAAACUCUUUAGAGAAAAAUCCUUAUCAUUGGGAGUAG